AUGAAAUUCAAGACUGUUACCACGCAGUUCCUUACCCUCCUAAGUGGAGAGAAGGUCUUCUGGCGCGAAGCUGGCUCCGUCCACUCACCCACUGUCCUCCUACUCCACGGCUUCCCUUCGUCCUCCCACCAAUUCCGCAACUUAAUUCCCCUCCUAGAACCAAAUUACCGAGUCAUUGCCCCAGAUCUACCCGGUUUCGGCUUCACAGAAGUUCCGUCUAACUACACCUACACCUUCGACAACCUCUUCAAUACAAUUGACACCUUCCUGGAGAAAAUUCCCAAGCCACCUUCCAAAUACACCCUCUACAUCUUCGACUACGGCGCCCCAGUCGGUCUCCGCCUCGCCCUCAAGCAUCCCGAGAAGGUCCAAGCCAUCGUCACCCAGAGCGGAAACGCGUACGUCGACGGUAUGGGCGACUUCUGGAACCCGAUCCGCGCGCUGUGGGCCAACAACUCGCAAGAAAACCGGGACGCACUACUCCCCUUCCUCACGCUGGCCGGAACGAAGUCGCAAUACGACAACGGUGUCGCGGAUCCCAGCCGUCUCGACCCGGCUUCCUAUACCCUUGAUCAAGCUUUACUCGAUCGUCCUGGAAACAAGGAAAUCCAGAUUAACCUAUUUUACGAUUAUCAGAAUAACGUGAAAUUAUACCCGAAGUUCCAGGAGUACUUUAGGAAGAGUCAGAUCCCGUUGUUGGCGUGUUGGGGCGAGCAUGAUAUUUUUUUCAUCGCACCAGGAGCGACGGCGUAUAAGAGGGAUUUGCCGAAUGCGGAGAUUAAAUUCUUAGAUGCUGGGCAUUUUGCGACGGAGAGUAAUCCUAAGCAGAUUGCAGAGUUGAUGAUAGAGUUUUUGAAGAAGAAUGAGAUCAGUUGAGAGAGAUAUCGAUUGAGGAAUUAAUAGAAAUCAAGUAGUACAUAAGACACUUAUCAGACGAUCAUUCAGAAGGAGCUAAUGAAAGUGCGAGUUAUAUGGUGGCCCGAGAUAGGAUUUUU